AUGAAAAUUUCGAAUUAGACUACUUUUUUUGCUUAAAUUAAACAAGAAGAACAGUAAGAUUAGUCAUAAUCUUAAUGUUGGAUGAACUAAGGCUCUCACUAACUACCAAAGUAAGCUGAAAAGCAUACUUUUUCUUAUAAGGACUCACAAAGCACUACGAGCCUACAAAGCAUAACCGCAAAAGUAGUUUUGCUAAAUCGUAGUACAUCUGCGACAAAUUCUGAUUAAUGCAGAAAUGAGGAUGCUCUUUAUCAUUAUUCUCAUUAUAUAAACACUUUUAAAUAUAGAACAGCUCUUCUAUAAGAAUAAGAAGCUAAAAUUUCUUAUAUCAAUAAUAGAAAACAUUAAAAGUUAACUUAUUUGCCUUAUUAAAAUCUUGUUUUUUCUGUCAACAAAGCAAAUAUUGAGAAAAUAAAUGACAAUUUUAUUUUUGAGUGGAUUCGCUUCAUGGAAGACUACGAUUGCGAAAAAAUAGGAUUAAAUAUAACGAAUCAACCGUAAUCAAAUAUAAGCAAUAAUAUAUUUAAUAAAAAUGCCAAUUUUACCUUUUAAAGUAAUUUAAAUAAUGUAAUCAAUAAAUCUAAAAAAAAAAUAAAGCUAGCUCGAAAAGCCAAUCAUUAAAUUAACAUUCGCGAUUUAAUUUCACAAUUCUCUAUUCCUUAAGAUAUUUAAGAGUUAAUUUUAUGUAAAUUUUGCCUUUACGUUUAGAGCUUAUAUAAAAUUCUUAAAGGAAACAAUAGAGAAAAAUAAAUUUCGUCCAUCGACCCACAAAUCUAUUAAUUUAUUUUUAACAACCAAAUUAACAAUGAUUCCAUAGCUCCAGUCAAUAAUGAAAUUUCUUAAUCUGGAUAUCUUAAUUCUAACCACCACGAAUUCAACAUAUUUAGUAAAAAACAAUCUUAGGAAGACUCCAGCGAAUUGUUAAAAUAAUAAAAAAAGUAUCAUUUCAAUAUGUCAAAGUAUUUUAUGCUUUUUCUUUUAGAGCUAUUAAGCGACUAUCAUAUUAUGACAUUGAGUGAAUUGCCAGAAGCAAUCAUAACUGAAAUAAGUGCUAUUAUCUCUGAAAUAAAACAAAUUAGUAAAAAAAAUAAUUCAAGUAAAACAAAUUACUAUAAUCAUUAUCAUUAUGAUGUCUUAUUCUUACAAAUCAAUGAACAAACAAAAAAUACAGUACUAAAAAAUUAAAAGCUCCUAGACAUGCAUUUAAAAGUUUUUCACAUUCAAAACCUUGAUAAUUUCUUAAGUCUUUAGCGCAUUAAUAUAAUUAAAUAGUACAUAUCAUAAAUUGUACUCUCAUAAUUAUCCAUAUUAAAAGGAAAAAUAUUCCUAUCAACUUAAACUUCGAAUUUAUCAAAGUCUGUUUUAGAGGAUUUAAAUUCUAAAAUAGACUACCUCUACCGUGUUGAAUAAGGCAUAAUUGAUUUGAACUUGGGUAAAACUAUUAAUCGCUUUUGA